CCUCACGCACGGCACGCCAGCACCGGCUCCACUGUCUCGCCUCCUGCAUCCCCAACGCCGCAUCGACACUCGCACGCCUGUCGAAUCAUCUCGCGCCGCCUGCACUGCCAGCUUCUGCGAUCCUGGCCGUGCCGACCUGCUCACUUUGCCCUGCACAGCAGCACCCGGUCCGCAUCGUCAUCCUCUCACCGACCCAAGCAAGCACGAGCACGACAUCUUCAGGGUCGCUCGUCUCUUGCCUCUUAGCAUCGUCCUCCUUUUAGGACCACCGCAAUCCGCCCAACCGACCCUUCAGCCUCUACCAUGUCGACCGGUCUCACCCGACGCCGCGGAGCUGGAGGCGGCGGCCCCUCGUCGGAGGGCGAGCCCUCUCGCACCAAUUCGUCGCAAAACGUGCGCGAGCACAGCACCCCGGAGACGAGCUACGAGAAGAGCGAGAAUGGCCACAAGAUCGCAUUCGACCCCAGGGACAUGAACGAGAGUGCGGAGCGCAGCAAGCAGCCAAAGCUCACUCUCAUGGAGGAGGUUAUAUUAUUGGGCCUGAAAGACAAGCAGGGAUACCUUUCCUUCUGGAACGACAACAUCAGUUAUGCGCUCAGAGGCUGUAUCGUAUUGGAGCUGGCCUUCCGUGGUCGCAUCGCCAUGACUAAGGAUGCCUCUAGGCGGAGAUUUCCCCUGGCCGAUCGGAUCAUCGAGGUCAUUGACGACACUCUUACUGGCGAAGUGCUUCUCGACGAGGCCCUCAAGAUGAUGAAGCAAAGCGAGAAGAUGAGUGUCGCUUCCUGGAUUGACCUCAUGAGUGGCGAGACCUGGAACCUCAUGAAGAUCGGUUACCAGCUCAAGCAGGUUCGCGAACGCCUCUGCAAAGGCCUUGUCGACAAGGGCAUCCUUCGCACCGAGAAGCGCAACUUCCUACUGUUCGACAUGCCGACACACCCUGUGGCCGACGGUGGUGCCAAGGAUGAGAUCCGGAGGCGCGUCAGAAACGUGCUGACACAGCGAACCGUUGUGAUACAGGGGUCGCAGUGGCUCCCUGAGAACCUCGAGUUCCGCUACAUUAGGACCAUUGCCAUGGUCUGCGCCGCUUACGCCGCGAACGUUCUCGAGAACGCUCUCAGCAGUCUCGGCCACGAGGCCCGCGAGCGCGCCUUCACCCAGACUGACGAGCUUCUCGCCGAGUACUCGCAAUGGCCCUUCGGACGCAAGGCUAGCUCUCAGGGCAUCGGUGCCAACAUUCCUCAGGCCAUCUCAGAUGUGAGUCCGAUUUGACGAACGACCUAUCCUAUGGUUGUAUCCCUGAUUUGUCUUGUGCUGAUCAUGCCAUUUGCAGGAAAUCAAUGCUGCCAAGGACAA